UUUAUAAUUCUUCACUUCAUCAAUUAUGCAAAUCAAUGAAAACAUGACUUUUCUUUCCAAAAAAAAAAGAAAAAAAAAUGACUUCAUCAAUUACGCAAAUCUCUUCAUCAAAAAGUCAACUUAUCUAUCACUACAAAUACCCCCCAACACUUAACACACUCAAAUCACUCAUUAUUCUCUCCUCUCACCAACUCUCACAAAAGAGAAGAAACUAUAAACCCCCCCAAAAAACAGAGGAAAACAGAGAGAUUUGAUAGAAUGGCAGAAUCAAAUGGUGUUAGGAGAAUGAAGCUGGGAUCACAAGGUCUAGAAGUUUCUGCUCAAGGUCUAGGAUGUAUGGGUAUGUCUGCUUUAUAUGGACCUCCUAAACCAGAAGAAGAUAUGAUCAAGCUUAUUCAUCAUGCUAUUAGCUCUGGCAUCACUUUCCUUGAUACUUCUGAUAUUUAUGGACCUCAUACCAAUGAAGUUCUUCUUGGGAAGGCAUUUAAAGGAGGAUGGAGAGAGAAAGUGGAAUUGGCUUCAAAAUUUGGCGUUAGAUAUGUGGAUGGAAAAGGAGAGAUUCGCGGUGAUCCUGCAUAUGUAAGAGCUGCCUGUGAGGGAAGCUUGAAGCGGCUUGAUAUCGAUUGCAUCGAUCUCUAUUAUCAACAUCGUAUUGAUACUAACACUCCGAUUGAAGUCACGAUGGGAGAACUGAAGAAACUGGUUGAGGAGGGGAAAAUCAAGUAUAUAGGUCUAUCUGAAGCAUCAGCAUCAACCAUCAGAAGAGCACAUGCAGUUCAUCCCAUAACAGCAGUCCAGAUUGAAUGGUCUUUGUGGACGAGAGAUGUGGAGGAAGACAUAGUUCCUACCUGUAGGGAGCUUGGGAUUGGAAUUGUGGCUUACAGUCCUUUAGGAAGGGGCUUUUUGUCUUCUGGGCCCAAGAUGACAGAGAACUUUGCAAAAGAGGACUUCAGGCAGCACUUACCAAGGUUCAAACCGGAGAAUCUAGAGCAUAACAAACAUCUAUUUGAGCGGGUCACUGAAAUAGCUGCUCAAAAAGGAUGCACCCCAGGACAAUUAGCGCUUGCGUGGGUCCAUCACCAGGGAGGUGAUGUAUGUCCCAUCCCCGGAACCACUAAGAUUGAGAACCUCAACCAGAACAUUGGAGCCUUGUCUGUAAAGCUAACUCCAGAAGAAAUGGCUGAGCUAGAAUCUCUUGCCUCGGAGGGAAGUGUCAAGGGAGAUCGAUAUGGAGGUUUAUCCUCUACCUGGAAGAAUUCAGACACCCCACCUUUGUCCUCAUGGAAAUCUGAAUGAAAAUGGUUCAUCCUAUGUUGUGAACAUCAGUAUUUUUCCGCUUACAGCUAUCUCAGAUGUAUCAAUUUACCUCUUUCUUGUACUAUUGAGUCUUUAUGUGUUAGUUUAAUGUUGUAAUUUGCAUCAGUAUCUUUUGCCUUAAUAAAGAUGAGUUGAUAUCAUGAAAA